AAAUGAUUACAUUACUCUUAUUUUUGCACUGCAUACACAGAACCCUUUCGUCCCAAUUCUCACGCCGUUGCAAUUUCUUCCCUCAAUUGAAGCAAUUCGGUCUGAAAAUCCAAAGUUUCAGAACCCUAAUCAAGUCACCAGUCCCUUCUUCAACCCCUUUUGUUUCUCUCAACCCAAACUAUUAACAAUUUUCCAUUUAUUUUUCUCCAUAAUUAGAAGGGUAAAGCUUGUUUCAAACGUGAACCGGUUCUUCAAUUUCUCUCUAGGGCGCCAUCAUCUUAUAUAUUUCAGUGCCAAUUUGAUCCAAAUUUCACAUUUCGCUGUUUUUAUGUCAUAAUUUGCAUAACCUAUGUACGAGGUUGCUCUAAAAUUUUCUGCUUUUUGAGUUUUUUUUCAAGGAAACCUAAUUGUUUUUGCUUCUGUUAUUUGAGUUAAUUAUUUUUGAUGUAGUGUUGAAGGCAUGCCUGUGGUGGUUGAUAUAAGCUCUGAUGAGGAAGAGGAUUUGAAAGAAGGGUCCAAAAAUACUGAUUUGGGAUGGAUUGAAGAGUUGCUCUUCAAUUCUGGAAAUGAAUCUGAUUCUGAUGGUGAUUCUGAUGUUGUCUUCCUUCAUGAGAACAAACCACCUGAGUUGAAGUCAAAGUCUUCAACUUUGCCUGUGAAAGUUGUUGAUGAUGGUGAUGAUGAUGAUGAUGAUGAUUGUUUGGUUCUGGAAGGUGACCCUGAAAAUGGUGUCACUUCUGUUGAUGAUGAGGAUGCAACUGGGUCAGAUGAGUUGGUUGUAGUUGGAGAGAAGGGUCAGGUUGCAUGUAGAGACUAUCCUCAUGCUCGACAUCUUUGUGCUAAAUUUCCCUUCUCUUCCACCCCUCAUGAGAGACAUUGUGACCUGUGCCACUGUUAUGUCUGCGAUACCUUAGCACCAUGUCUAAAGUGGGGAGCUGGCAUUUCGAGUUCAGAUCAUUGUCAUGCAAAUGAUAAAACUGAGGUGUGGAAAAUUCAGAGGAAAGAUUUGAAGCGGACCCUGAGUUCCCCUUUACCAGCUUCAACUAAGUAUGGUACUUCACUUGGUGUGGUACAUUCUCAAAGUAACGAAAAUCUACCUUAUGAUACUACUCACUUGUCUCCAAUUUCUGUGUUACGGAAUCAAGCAGACAGAUCAUCUGCAAUGCACACUCCCUCACUCAACUGCAUACCUCAAAAUCAGGUCUCUCGCCCAAAAGCAACAUAUGCCCACUUCUCACUUAAUUCUGGUAGGCAGAAUCAGAUCUCUAGACCAAUUUACCCCCCUGUAUCCAAAGCCAUCAACGGAACAGUCCCAAAUGGUGCAAACCGUGCUAGAUAUCUUGGAUCAAGAUCUAAUUUGCCAAGAGACAGAAACCGGCCUCAGUAUGUUCCAAAGCAACUGCUGGGUGUGCGCAAUCAUGUCAUCCAAAGGGAGCAAGGAAGGGGUGCAAGCAGUAUAGGACCACAAUUUCUCCGUUCUCCUAUGAUGUCCAAGGGAGGUGUAGGAAGUAUGGGGGGCAUAUUGGCAGCUAAUCAUCCUUCUCAUGGUUCGUCUGCCUUUAACAUUCAUGUUAAUGGAGUACAACAACCUGUCGAUAUUCAUGUAACUACAGGAUUCUCAAAUCCCAUGAAUUUAUCAAUCUUCUCACACUCAAGCUCAGGACCGGGCAGUCUUAGUCGUGUCAAUCCACAUAACAGGACUCAUGACCCCCUAUAUGGCCAAUCAUUAUCAUCCCAAUCAAACGACAGCCACAAUUUCCAUCAAACUUGUAAUCAGGGCAAUGAUGCUACACAAAGUGGAGUUCCAAGUCAAGAUACUUGCCAACCAAAGCCACAAGAACAAAAUCCAGCUAUAACUGCCGAGAGAGUUUCUGCUGUAGGCUCAAGUUGGGAUGAGACUGAACCUCUAUUUGAAUGUUCUCCUCGACAAACCUCAGGAUCUACAAACCAACCGCCUAAUGUGGAGAAGUUCAGUACCCAGUUUAUUUCAACCGUUGAACCGGUAAACGCAAGUUCUCGUACUCCUAAUUUGAUUGUUGAUUUUGAAAACUGGCUUUCAGGUCAAGAAACUGGUCCAAUGGCAACAGAUAAUGAUUUGCCAUUUGAACUGAAUAUACCAUCUCCAGAUCGUACUCCAUUUGAUGAUGAUUCGGCCAUGCUUUCUACAUGGUGGUGAAAGAGUUUAAGGUAGAAAGCAAACUUGGUCUUCAAUGGAAGUACUCAGAUUUGCCUGUAGUGGGAUGAUCCGAUACAGUGAUCACUUAAUUUUUAAUGUCAGUCUUCUGACCGAGUCCUAUUGCGUGGCAAGUUUCAAUUUUUAGGUUCAUCAACUCAUGCUAAGAGGUGAUUUAUGUUAUAUGUUAACUAGUUCCCAUAGUUAAUUAAUAUAAUGCUAAGUUAGAUACAUAGUUGCUGCUAGUGCUAGCAUAGCCUAAUUUAGUUUGCCUUGUUUAGUAGUUAGAUGUGGCGAGGUCUUUGCCUCCCGGGGAUAAUGGAUGUGAAGGAUAUAAGAAAGCAGUGUAAAACUACACAAUCGAAAAGUGUGUGUUCUAUCUCACAUGUACUUUUCAUUUUUAUUUAUGCAGCAAAGGUUUCCAUUUAUCUAAA